UCAUAUUAGCCUGGGUGGCGCCUCUUGCAAGCUGCCUGGGUGGCGCCUCUUGCAAGCUGCCUGGGUGGCGCCUCUUGCAAGCUGCCUGGGUGGCGCCUCUUGCAAGCUGCCUGGGUGGCGCCUCUUGCAAGCUGCCUGGGUGGCGCCCUCUUGCAAGCUGCCUGGGUGGCGCCCUCUUGCAAGCUGCCUGGGUGGCGCCUCUUGCAAGCUGCCUGGGUGGCGCCUCUUGCAAGCUGCCUGGGUGGCGCCUCUUGCAAGCUGCCUGGGUGGCGCCUCUUGCAAGCUGCCUGGGUGGCGCCUCUUGCAAGCUGCCUGGGUGGCGCCUCUUGCAAGCUGCCUGGGUGGCGCCUCUUGCAAGCUGCCUGGGUGGCGCCUCUUGCAGCCUCUUGCGGCCGCUGCUGGAGCUGGAACAUAUCGGCCUGGUCCCUGCUGGGAGGUUUGGUUCCCGAUCUUCUCUAUGGCUGAUCUGAGGGCAUGGCCUCUACCCAAAGAACUUCUGGAUCUUCUAUGUUUUGUGGUAUCCAGUAUAGCUAUUCUGCCACUAAUGGCUGUCCUGAAUACAACUGUUGAAAAAAUGAAGAAAAUGGGGAGCUGAGCAUCACUAUCAUUCAUCCCCUUUUCCAUUCCAUCCUCAAUACUUGUUUAUUUUAAACUGAUUUCCCUUUUUAUCAACUAUCUGCAUGUUCACAAUAGAAUUAUCCCCUUGUUCUAG